GAAGGAUCACGCUUUCAAGCGAUCGCUGCAACAGGCGACAUCCAGUCUGUGUACACACUCCGAAGGCAGCUUUGGAGCCAAGCCGUUCAUGGUCUCCGCCCGCGGCUCGGAAAUGAAGGUAGCACCGCGGGUCCUUCUGAGUGUGACCGAAAGGUUACCCUGCGCCCCCAGUCACCUCGGCGUCGCUCCUUUUCCAAAGCCAGCUGGAAGGGUUGAGGAACAGCAGCGUUACAGAACGCACACACACACACGUACAAAAUGCACCCCUCGCCGCUCCACUCAGUUAGUCUUUGGCAACGCGUCGUUGACAAUGUUCAGAGCGAGCCUUGUGUCAGUUUGCAAGUGGACGAGCGAGAGAGUCCCAAGAGCUGCUACGAACGUGUAUUUUAUUUAGGAAAAAACAAAAAAAUCACAUCACUCCACUGCACCCGGGCUCGUCCUUGAGGUCAUCGCAAGUGUGCCUGAUAGAUCCAUCCUCAGCUGGUAUUAUUGUCACAGUUGAUGCCUUGCAAAAAAGGAGCAGAGAAAUGGAGGAAGGACAGAUGUGCCAGCAAGCCCAGGAAUAACAGCAACCCAUAGGUGGAUCCGAACAACCUCUACAUGAAGCAGUUGCAGCUGAACUCCUCCUCAAGACGCACAGGAAGCAUUGGAAGCCCAGGGAUUUUUGUCCUUGAUGCCAUUUCCACUGGACGAGUGAGGAGCAGUGUCAGUGUAGACUGAGGAUGUCACAGAGCUGUCCCAGCUGCUGGAGCAGGAGCUGCAAAUCAAGGGGAUGCUUAUUUAUUUAAAAAAUGGCUCCACAGACAGAGACUGGGAAAUACAGAGACAAGUGUGAUUUAUCCAAAGGCACUGAUAUUGGACAGUAAGACAAAUGGAAGAAGGAAAAAGGAGCACACUAUUUAAAUGAUGCACAGUUGCAGAUCUCUGAGAUGAAGGAGGAUCUGAGUGUUCUUGUGCAUGAAAUGCAGAAGAAUGUGGAACAAGCCAGCCCGGGGCCUGAUUGGGAUGUAUUGUGUUCAGAAGGAGCUGCUGAUUGGUCUGGAAGGGCCUUAACUACAGGCAACUGAUAUUCAUUCAGCUUACUCCAGUGAGGAAAUAGAACGAAAUUUCAAGAUUUGUUCUCCGGCGGGUCUCAAAGGCGAGAGGAAACGGGUUGGGGAAAGCUUCCAGCGGUGUGUGUCAUGGAGACAGUGACUGAUGUUCUGAAGUGAGGGUUGAGGAUGGCAUCGGCGGACAGCGAGGUGAAAACGCUGCUGAACUUUGUCAACUUGGCUUCGAGCGACAUUAAAGCGGCGCUGGACAAGUCAGCCCCCUGCCGGCGCUCGGUGGACCACAGGAAAUACCUGCAGAAGCAGCUCAAGCGGUUCUCGCAGAAAUACUCGCGGAUGCCGCGGUGCCACCCCGGGCGGCUGUUGGACUCGAGCACGAAGCGGGGGCCGGAUGAGCAGAGCCGGCCUUGCGUGCUCCAGCUCAGAGCGUCAGGAGCCGCUGACUGCGGGGAGCCAGCACCUCCUCUCCCGCCAGCCCGGCACGGCCAGGUCCCCAUGAGGAAAAGACAGCUGCCCGCCUCCUUCUGGGAAGAACCCAGGCCCGGUAAAACUCUGCCACCGCCCCGGCAGCUGCUGCUACUGCCGCCGCCGCCGCAGCCGCCGCCGCCGCCAGGAGAGCGAGGCGUGUCGCCCGCUAGCGUUAGCCCCGGGCCGGCGGCGGUGGCCAAGCAGGAGCCGCGCUGUGAGCGAGGAGAGCCGCUCAGACUGCAGCUCGCCUCGCUGGCCCGUACCGUCACGCUGUGUGCCUGCUGUCCCCUUCAGUACCACCGUCUCUACCAGAGCCACAUGGCACUGCCCCAUGCCGCCAGCCCCGACAUGGGCAUCUGGAGGAAAGCUGCCAAUCUGCCGGCCGAGCUCCACGCUUACUCCAAAGACUCCUUAAACGGACAAAGAAUUCACAAACCUAUCGUUUUUAAGCCCAUCCCCACAAAACCCACUGUCCCUCCUCCCCUGUACAAUGCCUAUGGCUUUCUUUGACUGUAAGUCCCAACACAUUUUCACUGCGGGAGUGGACUUUCUAAUUUUACAGGAGGGAGGUGUGGUAGGCUGGGGAUGCAGGAAUGUUUACAAUCUCUAUCCAAUUCCCUUCAUCACUGAGCGAGCAGGAUUUUCGGGAUUGCGUGUCUGCGUCUUUGCGAGUAUUUUCUGUGUCAGUGUGUUUCCCGUGUCUCUGAAUGCUUAUUUGUUACUGUUCUAUCUCUAUUUAUGUGUCUGUAUAUCUGUGUAUUUCCUCUGUCUCUUGGCAUGUAGCAGUAUGUCUAUAUACUUUGUGUCCGUGUGUACAAUCUGUAUUUGUUCUUCAGUUUGUGGGUCUACUCUAUGUAUGUGUAUCUUCUGUGUUUGUAUAUCUGUGUACUUCCUGUGUGCAUACGUGUUUGUUUGUGCGUGAAUCUGUAUAUAUGUACGUCUGCUUGUGAGUAUAUAAUUCUUGUGUGUAUGACUGCGUGCGUGCGUGUGUAUUUAUGCGUGGCUAUGUCAUUGUGUAUGGAUGGCAGUGUGUGUGCGCGCAUCUUUCCGCAUGCAUACGUUUGCAUGAUGAAUGUGUAUUCACGCGUGUGUAUUUUUGCUUGUUAGCCAUCUUUUGGUCAUGCCUGGGCAAUUUUAACCACACUGCACUGUUUAUUAUACUCGUUGCCCCCAGCUCGGAACAGGUAUUGCUCCAAUCGUUACCUGGAAAAUAGUAACCUCUGCCGGGGUAAUGCGCUUUGCACAAGGCUGUCGACCUGAAUAAAACAGCAGUUACAAAAGAAUCCCAAAAAAAAUUGAAAAGGUCGACUGACACACACACACACACACACACACACACACACACAGCCGCUCCGGGAAUAGUAGCGCAUAUGCUGGCCACACCUGCAACAGUGUUUCAGGCCUUUUUUUUCCUGGAGUACAGAGUAAAACCGAACAGCAGGUGAGCUGCAUCCGCUGGAAGUGUGACAAGAUGGGAACGAAAUGUGGCUGCAUUGUACCAAGCGACGUCCGACAGCGUGUCCAAGAAGUGGCUUUAAUCGUGUGUUACUUGUCUUUAAUAUCGAUGCUUGGUUAAUGUAAUGGACAGUAUUAUUUUAUUGAAUUAAAAAAGGGACGUAUCUUUUCA